AUCGACCCGGCGCAUCGUGAUAAUUCGGUAAUUCUCUAUUAAUCAUUCUCAGACAUACAGUAGCUUAAAGUACAUAACCAUUUUGGCUUUCCACUCUCGUUACUUUGUACUUAUUCUAAGUCACUACUAGAUAGUAGCGAUAAAUCUUAAUUACCCAAUUCGCUAUUUGCCUUUUACAGCACUUGGCAACAGACAGUGGAUGACAUCUGUCAGCAUCCAGUGUUUGCUGCCUCCGACAUAUCACCGGCGCCUCAGUCAAACGUCUCACUUACAGCAUUUACAUCACCAACAAGCAAACAGUAUCCGAUAAAGUAUCAGGAAUACCAGACACACCACCAUGUUCUGUCUGCGAAGUUGGCUACCUCUCCUCUUCAUCCCGACGAAUGCCUCCCCUGCAUUCAUUUUCCUAUUCUUCGUUUGCACAUACUUCCUCAACCGACCUUGCGUCUACUGCUCCGUCCUACUUCUCAUACUCUUCGUCACCUCGUGCUACUGGUCAGACAGAUGUUUCUUCGACUUUGGUAGCAACUGGUUCGCCCCGCGGUCUCCUACGUCAUCAUGUAUAUCCAACUCGACAAUGAUACCGGAUCCUGUCGCCGAUAGCUUCAAUGCCACCGCUGUCGAGAUGUUAAACACUACAGCGAACGCCCUUGCGAGCGUUGCCGCUGAAGAGCUGGCAAAGAGGAAGGAGGAGUGGACGGGACUCGGGGUUGAGUGGCUAAGGAGCUUGUUGGGACGUAGGGAGUGGAGGAUCGAGUGUAUGGAUCUUUAUAUACGACUAUAGUCGAUACACGUCAGGUACGGAAUUGCGAUCAAUACCCCUAACUUUGGAUUUCGGAGGCUGUACAAAGGGGACGGGUGGAGAUAUGAUAGCAUAAAUGCAUGGCACCGGCGUUGGUUGGACUUGGCGGUUUGGCCUUGCCUUUCGAGCAUAUCCCCUCAUACUGUUUUGCGGUUCGUCUUAUAAUUCAGUAAUAGAAAAAGGCUCCUUGAUUCCGGAUUUCCUCGUACCUACAGCAUUUCCAGGUAGAGGGAGGAGUCCAAGUAGUAGUAGAAACUCAUAUCAAUAAAAAUGAUAAAUUGUGGAAA